AUGCAAGGUGAGCAGGUGUACAGUCUCAUUUUUUGUCAAGGGAACUGUCAGUUUGCCCAUUUUCUUAUCUUUGGAGUUUUGUUUUUAGGUAGUGGAAUGCUAAUUAGUUUUCUGGGAAUUUGGGUUCCUGGAUGUAGCCAAGAAAGGCAGAGUCUACAGUAUAAUCAAACCAGCAUUUCUGAUAUUGAACUCCCAAGCUGUGGAUUUCUGCCUCUUCAAAUCAUAGGUCCUUUGAUUGUGGUUAUUGGAUUAAGUUUCUUCGUAAUAGCUCAUAUUAAAAAGAAAACUAAUUUAAAUCUCAGCCAAGAAUCCUUUGAAAAUGGAGAACAGCCUCAGAGUCCAGAAUCACUUGAAGUUACCACAGGUGAUGCUGUAAUGACAUUUCCACCACUUCGUUUUAUUGACUCUUUAUCACCACCUAUAACUCAUAAGCCACUUGCCACCAACCUGCCUAUGAGUGAAAAUCCUCUACCAUACCACAAAUGUGUAACGUUUUGCAGGACCCAACUUGCACAUGUUCAAGGAAUGGUUUCUGUUAGAGAGUAUGAACCACUAUAUACCAUUCCUGGGAGCAGUUCAUCUUCAGAGUUCUUACCUACUCUGCAUCUUCCAUUGGAAUUGCUGCCAAAAUACGAAGAGAGAAAAUCAACAGUAAAUGCUCCACCCCCUCCUCUUGGUCUGGUUCCUGCAUGGCUUUAGCCUCUUCUGAGCCUUCCUCACAAAGAACUGUGAACUAAGUUCAUUUUUCUGUGGAAUCGUACACUUCAAUUUUCAUUUUUUAAACUUAUUUUUAUGAUGCAAACAUUAAUGUUGGUUGUAUCUAUAACUGCCAAACAGCAUCACAUAAAUUACCUGUUUGGGUUUAAAGAAAUACUAUGUAACUUUAAAAUAUUUAGAACAACAGCAUUAAUAGUUUGA